AUGAGGUAUCUAAAAUGGUGGUACAAGAAGACCCAAGUGGAGAAGAAGGCUCCGUUCAUCGAUAUGUUUCAUUCCCAGCCUUUGCGUCAAAUAUAUGGUGCUCCGCUCGGUGGGAUUGGAGGGGGAACCAUUACGAGGGGCUGGAGGGGGGAGUUCUGCAGAUGGCAACUUAUUCCUGGGAUGUACCACUACAAAACUGUUAUAGCUAACCAGUUCACCGUGUGUUUGCGUCGUGGGGGGCAAACUGUUUACCAGCAGGUGCUGUCUGUGGAGCGUCCCCCCACGUUACAAGGCUGGAACUGGGGCUUCUGUGGGGAGUAUGCCUUCUAUCACGCUUUGUAUCCUCGCGCCUGGACUGUUUAUCACCUGCCGGGUCAGAACGUCACCCUCACAUGCAGACAGAUUUCUCCCGUCAUCCCUCACGAUUACCAGGAUUCUAGUCUCCCAGUGGCGGUGUUUGUGUGGGACAUAGAAAACAAAAAUGACUAUGAUUUAGAAGUCUCCAUCAUGUUUACAAUGGUCAACGGAUCAGGACACAAGGACGACAAGAGCGGGGGACACUGGAAUGAACCACUUCAUCUGGAAAAGGAUGGGGAGGCAGUGUCUGGAGUCCUACUACAUCACUGCACCACAGUAAACCCUUACACCCUGUGCAUCGCAGCCCGAGAGCAGCCUGACAGAGAGAUCAGCCACCAGACAGCAUUCAGUCCAAAGGGAACCUGUGGAGGUUUGUGGAGUGACCUCAUCACAGACGGACGGCUGGAUUCCCCCACAGGAUCCAGUCCACCAACGCUGAAGGGGGAAAAGGUGGCAGCCGCCUUAGCGGCGGGAUGCCUGGUACCCGCUCAUAAACGGAACAGUUUGGAGUUCUGCCUGACCUGGGACAUGCCCAAAAUAACAUUUGGCUCAAAAGAGAGGGAACACUUAAGGAGAUAUACUCGUUACUUUGGGGCUAACGGUGACGCGUCACCUUCGCUCAGUCAUUACGCACUAACGCACUACAAACAGUGGGAGAGAAGCAUCGAGGAGUGGCAGAAACCCAUACUACAGGACAGCUCUCUUCCAUCUUGGUAUAAGUCGGCUCUGUUCAACGAGUUGUACUUUGUGGCGGAUGGAGGAACCGUGUGGAUAGAGCUACCAAAGGAUGCUGAUGUCAGUGGGGGGGUGCGCAGCGAGAACGGGGGUCUGCCCGCUCAGCCUGCUGUCGUCAAGGAGUACGGACGUUUUGCUUACCUAGAAGGUCAAGAGUAUAGAAUGUACAACACAUAUGAUGUGCACUUCUACGCCUCCUUUGCACUCAUCAUGCUGUGGCCCAAACUAGCCCUGAGUUUGCAAUAUGAUAUUGCUGGCAGUGUGGUUCAGCAAGACCUGACAGAGAGGCUUCAUCUGAUGAGUGGGCAUUGUUCUCCUGUCAAGACCAAAAAUGUGGUUCCUCAUGACAUAGGAGACCCAGACGAUGAGCCUUGGCAGAGGGUGAAUGCCUACCUCAUCCAUGACACGGCAGACUGGAAGGACCUGAACCUGAAGUUUGUCCUGCAGGUCUACAGGGACUUUCACCUGACUCUGGACAGACAGUACCUGCAGGAGAUGUGGCCCAUCUGUCAGGCUGUGAUCGAGUCGGAGAUGAAGUUCGAUCAGGAUGGAGACGGACUGAUAGAAAACUCGGGAUAUGCUGAUCAGACAUACGACGGCUGGACAGUAACUGGGCCAAGUGCAUACUGUGGUGGGCUGUGGCUGGCGUCCCUGUGUGUGAUGAGUAAAAUGGCCAGACUUUUGGAUGAAAACGAAGAAUACCAACGAUACAAGGACAUCUUGGACAGGGGCAGAGCUGCAUUUGACAAAUUGUUGUGGAAUGGGAAGUACUAUAACUACGACAGCAGUGGGAGACAGCUUUCUAACAGCAUCAUGUCUGACCAAUGUGCUGGUCACUGGUUCCUCAAAGCAUCUGGUCUGGGAGAAGGAGACUACCAGGUUUUUCCUAAAGAAAAGAUUCAGAGUGCACUGAAAUCUGUCUUUGACUUGAAUGUGAUGGGCUUUGCUGAAGGCCAGAUGGGAGCUGUUAACGGCAUGCGCCCCGAGGGAGUGCCCGACCGCUCCAGUGUCCAAUCAGACGAGGUCUGGAUUGGAGUCGUGUAUGGACUGGCAGCUACUAUGAUCCAUGAGGGUAUGUGGGCAGAAGGUAUGCGAACGGCAGAGGGUUGUUACCGGACAGUUUGGGAGAGGUUGGGCAUGGCCUUUCAGACUCCGGAAGCCUAUUGUGAGAAGAGCAUCUUUCGCUCCCUGGCCUACAUGAGGCCCCUCAGUGUUUGGGCCAUUCAGCUUGCCCUGAACAUGUCACAGAAGGAUCACACCGAAUCAACUAAAAUUGAAGACAACAAACCCUGAGUCAUCAAAUGAUGUGAAUACAGUAGAGAAAUGGAGCAAGAUCCUAAAAAAAUCCUGAAGUUAUUUCUCAUCCUUACCAUGUACCACUCUAUUUGACUGCUUCUUAUGACUUCUGUUAGUUAUCUUCCAAAUGUUUUCUGUAAAUCAUUCAGAUUGGUAGCUACCAAGUCCCUACAAAGCAACAUUAUUUUGGCCCCUUCUACACAACUCCAGACAUUUAAAAAAAUAAAGAUUCUUCUGCAUUUGCAACUCUCAAGAUAAUUCUAACAGUUUCUAGUGGGAAAAAAAACAAGAGGUUGUUAAAAUCACAUUCCAAAAUUAAUAAAAAACAUUAGUUUAAAAAGUGUCCAAAGUAGUGUAGAUGGGGCCUGCCAGGACAUUUUUAACACUUUGCAAGAUGCCUUGUACUAUGAAUCUUAGACAUAAAAUAAAUGGUCUGCAUUUAAUGCUAAAAUUUAAACUUUUCUUUUAGUAAAUUAUCCCACUGUACACAUGAAAACACUACAUUUCCUAUAAAUCCAAUAUUUGCACACUCAGAACUCAUUUGUAGGUAUCACAUUUUCUGAAUCACAUUUUGAAUGCUGUGGUAAUUAGUGACGAGUGACAUUAAUAAUUUUUGAGAGUCUGUAUUAUAUUAUUCUUAUUUGAUUAUUAUUAUUAUUGUAAUAGUAUUUGUUGACUUUUGCAUGUCAGUCUAAAAUUAGUGUAUAAAAGUUGCAG